UGAGGCGCGAGUGUAAACAAGCGUUUAAAAGGUUUUUCAAAAACUCUUUUUAAUCCAUGGGUUGAGGACAAGUGCUAACAGUAACUAUGGCUUAAGUCGGUGCGACAAAAGGGUCUGAGUGUUGCUUCUGUCAUGACACAGUCAGUUGUUGUCCAGGUUGGACAGUGUGGUAACCAGAUCGGCUGCAGGUUCUGGGAUCUUGCUUUGCGAGAACAUGCCCACGUAAAUAAGAAAGGACUGUAUGAUGAGGCCCUCAGUAGCUUUUUCCGGAAUGUGGACUCAAGGAAAAGUGAUGGGGGAGCCUGUGGUGUCGGUGGGAGAAUCCAGCAUCUGAAGGCCAGAGCGGUGCUGGUGGACAUGGAGGAGGGUGUCGUCAACGAGAUCCUGCAGGGCCCGCUGAGGGAAGUGUUCGACAGCACUCAGCUCCUCACAGACGUGUCAGGCUCAGGCAACAACUGGGCUGUGGGACACAUGAUGUACGGCUCAGCCUACAGGGAGCAGAUAGUGGAUAAGCUGCGGAAGGCAGCAGAACACUGUGACUGCCUGCAGUGCUUUUUCCUCAUUCACUCUAUGGGAGGAGGUACCGGGUCCGGUUUGGGGACCAGAGUGCUGAGCCUGCUGGAGGAGGAGUUCCCUGAGGUGUGUCGAAUUGUCACCUCAGUCUAUCCGUCUGCGGAGGAUGAUGUCAUCACCUCUCCUUACAACAGCGUCCUGGCCAUGAGGGAGCUCACAGAGCACGCCGACUGUGUGCUGCCUGUGGAAAACCAGUCACUGGUGGACAUCGUGAGCAAGAUUAAACACAUGUCUCAUGGUGGAAAGCAAGGGCCGAUGAUCAAGAGAGACAGCACCAUCAUCUCUGGACAGGGCGGGCUCAGUGGGCCAGAGAAGCCCUUUGAUGCCAUGAAUAACAUUGUGGCUAACCUGUUGCUCAGUAUUACCAGCUCAGCGCGUUUCGAGGGUUCCCUCAACAUGGAUCUGAACGAGAUUGCCAUGAACCUGGUGCCCUUCCCUCGUUUACACUACCUGGUGCCCAGCCUCACCCCUCUCUACACCCUGGCAGACGUCAGUGUCCCCACCAGAAGACUGGAUCAGAUGUUCAGCGAUGCCUUCAGUAAAGACCACCAGCUGAUCCGAGCCGACCCGAAGCACAGCCUCUACCUGGCCUGCGCCCUCAUGGUCAGGGGCAACGUGCAUGUGUCUGACCUCCGCAGGAACAUUGAGAGACUGAGGCCAUCGCUGCCCUUUGUGUCCUGGAACCAGGAGGGCUGGAAGACGGGCCUGUGUUCGGUGCCUCCCGUGGGUCACUCCCACUCCCUGUUAGCCCUGGCCAACAACACCUGCGUGAAGGCCAGAUUCGUGGAGCUGAGAGAGCGUUUCACCAAGCUCUACAGGAAGAAGGCUCACUUACAUCACUACCUGCACGUGGAGGGGAUGGAGCGGAGCUGCUUCUCAGAGGCCAUCGCCUCACUCAGCUCACUGAUUGAGGAGUACCAUCAUCUGGACGCCAGCAAGGGGAGACUCAUGCCCGACGCACCCAGGCUCAGCAUCGCCAGAUGAAGGUUCACUUUGUUGUAAAUCUGUUGAACUGUCUGUUUUUGUUUUGUUUUGUUUUUUUGUUUUUGUCUGCCUAUUUUUCAAAAAUGACUUCACACAACCACAUCGUUUGUACAUACCUUUAUAAGUUAUACAUCAAAAUUGUCUAAUUUGUGACCUGAUUUAAAAUGUUCCCUGUCUGGGAAAAAAUAAACAGCAACAACAAAUAGAAAGAAAGGAGUUAAACUCGAUGCUUAGCAGGCUCUGAUUUGCCGUUUUAGAUUCCCUGACCAAAGUAUUAUGAGGUACUCUGAAUGCGUCACAUCUGCUGUUACAGCGCCCAUGUUGUUAUUGCACAU